AUGGCAGACGCGAGAGCAACGACGUGCUAUCUGAAUGGUCUUUCUCUUCGCACAAUCAAUGAAGUUGAGAAGAUCUUGCGAUCUCUUCCUCGAGAAGGCGAUCCUUGUGAAAUCCAAUGUUCUCAACCAUCGACCGGUGGAAGUGUUGGACGGAGUACUGCAGAUGUCAUUGUUUCAAAAUCUCUGAAAAUCCACGAAGAUCCGAAACCAUUGGUUCUUUCUCCACCAACUAAACAAGAAAUUCCGAAGAAAUCAAAGGGGAAAAAGACGAUUUCAGAGUACAGUUGUGUUAGUUUGAAGUCUGAGGAAAUGAAGAAAAUGGAAGUGAUUGCUUCUUCUGUCUCUGGUACUGGAUCAAAAAUUCAAUGUAAAGUACUGACGGAUCAAAUUCAAGUGAAUCCAAUCAUGUCAUGUAAUGGAGUUGUUCUGUCACUUGACGUCGAAGUCACUAUUCCGGAUCGUCAAGAGAAAAAGAAAAUGAAAUUGGAAAUUGAAUGUCCUGACUUCAUGCCAGCUCGUAUCAAGAUUGGAAACAAGUGGAAGACUAUCGUCUAA